GCUGCGGAGCUUUCCAGAGCUCCUGGAGCGGCCCCUCGGUGCGGUACUCGGGCCACCCACAGGCCGCUGGGCCCUCCGCGGCCACCACUUCUGCAAAGCCCCUAAGGUAAAUCCGCCUAGGAUCCAGGCAGUUUGAGCGCGAGGGAACCAUCGACAGAGGCGGGCGGCUGGAUGGCGGCGGAGGGGAGCGUCCCGCGGCGAGUUUCCCAAGAAAGCUGAACUUGCCCCAAGUUUCUUGUGCAUCAGUUUGUACCCGGCGAAUAGGUGGCGGACUUUUACCGUGCGGGUGGUCUUUGGGCGCGGGAGAGAAAAAAAAGGUAAUUGGAUUAAUCCGUUUGGGCACAGCCCAGAUUUGUGUCUCGGACUGAGCAGCGUGGUGGGCGCAGUUUUUGCCCGAGAAAGAGCGGGUGAGUGACACGCAGUUGUGUUCCUCGCAGGAGCGAGUGACCGUCCGCUCUGAGCGAGCGCGUCUGCAAAGCGUGCCGGGUGGUCUGGAGUCAAAGUUCCAUGACUUCUUUCCUCUUUAGGCAAGCCUAACUAGGUGCUGUCCCUCGCAGGGUUCACCCUCGAGGCUUCGCUAUGGACGGCGAGAGCGAAGUGAAUUUUUCUAGCAACAGUUUAACCCCUUUGUGGCGGAGGCGUUCGACCCCGCAGCCUCAGUUGCUGGGCCGGAGCAAGCCGAGACCUCAGUCUUACCAGAGCCCCAGCGGGUUGCUUAUCACAGAUUUCCCGGUGGAGGACCUAGGAACGCUUCCCGCGGCGCAGACUCCGGACCAGGUGCCCACCGCUUCGGACGGCAGGACGGUCCAGAGGAGCCCCCUGCUUUUCUGCGCCCAUCGGAGGGCGGUGACCAAUGGGAGGACGGUCUCCCCGGAGUACAGGGCCGUCUCUCCUCGGCUCCGACGGCCCAAGUCACCCCAGACCCCCAAAGGGGCGUCGGGCGUCUCCCCGAAAUCCCCAGCGAAUGGUACGGUGACUUCGCCCGCGCCUCAGCGGCUGCGCCCCCCGCGGACUCCUAACGCAUCCGCCCCCUGCAGCUCGGAGGGAGACCGGCUCAGAUUGAUUGCCAGCCCCCUGCCUUCGCCCGCUGCAAAUGGGCUUACCCCUAAUAUCGACACCCCAGGCUCCCGUUUGCAAUCCGGCCAGACAGCCAAGGACUCCGAGCGGGGAUCCUCGCCCCAGAAUAAGUCUUCGGAACAAAAACUCCCCCUCCAAAGGCUGCCCUCAAAGGAGAAUGAGCUCCCGGAGAAUCCUUCAGUGGUUUUGAGCACAAACAGCCCUGCUGCCCUCAAAAUGGGGAAGCAGCAGAUUAUUCCGAAGAGCCUGGCCUCGGAAAUUAAAAUAAGUAAAGGUAACAGUCAGAAUGUGGAGCCCCACAAGAGACUCCUCAAGGUGCGCAGUAUGGUGGAGGGCCUCGGAGCGCCCCUGGGCCCCUCAGAGGACGAAGGCGAGGUCGAGAACGACCUGGACAGCCCUGGGUCUCUGCGGAGGGGCUUGAGGUCCACGUCCUAUCGCAGGGCGGUGGUCAGUGGCGUUGAUUUUGACAGUCCUACCACCUCGAAGAAGAAGAACAGAAUGUCCCAGCCGGUUCUGAAAGCAGUGAUGGAAGACAAGGAGAAGUUUUCCAGCCUUGGAAGGAUAAAGAAAAAAAUGCUGAAAGGACAAGGACCAUUUGAUGGGGAAGAAAAUGCUGUCUUGUACCAGAACUACAAAGAAAAGGCCCUUGACAUUGACUCUGAUGAAGAGUCCGAGCCCAAAGAGCAGAAGUCGGACGAAAAAAUCGUGGUUGAGCAUAAGCCGCUGCGGUCCACCUGGAGCCAGCUCUCCGCGGUGAAAAGAAACGGAUUAUCUCAGGCAGUUAGUCAGGAGGAGAGAAAGAGACAAGAGGCUAUCUUUGAAGUUAUAUCUUCAGAACAUUCAUAUUUACUCAGCUUGGAGAUCUUGAUAAGAAUGUUUAAAAAUUCUAAAGAACUGAGUGAUACAAUGACCAAAACAGAGAGUCACCAUCUUUUCUCCAAUAUUACAGACGUCUGUGAGGCAAGCAAAAAAUUCUUUACAGAAUUGGAAGCAAGGCAUCAGAAUAAUAUCUUCAUAGAUGACAUAAGUGACAUUGUGGAAAAACACACAGCAUCCACAUUUGACCCGUAUGUGAAAUACUGUACAAAUGAAGUCUACCAACAACGCACGCUACAAAAAUUGUUAGCCACCAAUCCAUCUUUCAAGGAAGUAUUGUCAAGAAUCGAGUCCCAUGAAGACUGUAGGAACCUACCUAUGAUCUCUUUCCUCAUUCUCCCCAUGCAGAGGGUGACUCGCCUUCCCCUGCUGAUGGACACGAUCUGUCAAAAAACACCUAAGGACUCUCCGAAGUAUGAAGUCUGUAAAAGAGCCUUAAAGGAAGUAAGCAAGUUGGUUCGACUAUGCAAUGAAGGCGCCCGGAAGAUGGAGAGGACGGAAAUGAUGUACACAAUUAACUCCCAGCUGGAAUUUAAAAUUAAGCCUUUCCCUCUAGUCUCCUCCUCCCGGUGGCUGGUGAAGAGAGGUGAACUGACAGCCUAUGUAGAAGACACUGUGCUUUUCUCAAGAAGGACAUCCAAACAGCAAGUCUACUUCUUUCUCUUUAACGACGUGCUCAUUAUCACCAAGAAGAAGAGUGAAGAAAGUUACAACGUCAAUGACUAUGCCUUAAGAGAUCAGCUAAUGGUGGAAUCUUGUGACAAUGAAGAGCUUAAUUCUUCUCCAGGGAAGAACAGUUCCACCAUGCUUUAUUCAAGGCAGAACUCCGCCAGUCACCUCUUCACUCUGACUGUCCUUAGUAACCACGCGAAUGAGAAAGUAGAGAUGCUGCUGGGGGCUGAAACGCAGAGCGAGCGCGCCCGCUGGAUAACUGCCCUGGGACGCAGCGGCGGGAAGCAGCCUCCUGACCGAACCUGCUGGUAUGAAGGCGAGAGACUGCGAGAUGGAGAGAGGGGCUGGUUUCCUAUGGAAUGUGCCAAGGAGAUAACAUGUCAAGCUACCAUUGAUAAGAAUGUGGAGAGAAUGGGACGUUUGCUAGGACUGGAGACCAACGUGUAGCCUCUCUGCUGGCCUUUUGUGACUGCGAGAUUUGCACUACAUCAUGGUGGGUGGGUGGGUUCUGGGCUGGUUUUCUUGUUCAUUUUAACACAGCCAAUUUAAUUAAAAGAAGGAAAACAUUUACCUGAAGCUCGCCAGGUGGUUUUGCUCUCUCAGGAGAACAGCUCCUGGAUACCAUUAGUUCACACAGCUCAGUGAGUGCACAAGGACCCUCUUGCACACCUCUAGGUGAGCAGAGUAGCUGAGCAAUCCACUUCAGGGACCAGGUGGCCUCAGCUCCCUCUUGUUGCACCGCGCCUGGCAUCAGAACGUCAGAUGCCAUCUCCUGAUUUUCUCUAUCCUCACUUAACAAAGAAUGUGCUUAUCUCUUUAAGCAUCUUCUUUCCGGGGUUUCCCCAGCAUUAGCAAGAUUUUAUAUCUUUAAGGGAUGUCCAGUUUUACAAAUAUUUUUCUUGUGCCUACAUUUUAGAUCUGAUUAGAAUGCUGUGUUGCUUUCAAAGGAACUGGCAGAGUUCUGAAGGUGAGCAGUUUUUCAAAACCUUUUCCCAGGAAAGGGAAAUUGACACUUGAAUUUUUGCCACCUCUUCCCUUGUUAGCAGGGAAGGAAGGCGGCCUUACCUUAAAGAUUUUUUUUGUAAUCCAUCUCACUCAAUAUUGGUCUUAGAUUAAGGAUAGCUUAAGAAAACUAAGCUACUUCAGCAUGGAAUUUAGAUGGUUCACAUAUGUGAGAAAACACUAAAUAUAGGACUGGGUUGCUACUUUAAAAAAUAAUCCCCAGUGAGCUGGUAAACUGACGUGAGGCUGCUUUGCCUUCAAUAAUGCAAGAUUUUGGACUGUUUUCUACUCUCAUUUGUUUCCAAAUAGGAAAUAGAACACACUUUACCACUCUGAAGGAAGAUAAAAUUAGGCCUUAAAGGGUAUCAAAAAGCCAGCAUGGUACUUAAUUGAAAGAUAACACUUUGCCCUUCGUGGGAAUCCAUUUUAUUUGCACUGAAGGCCUCACUUGCUGGCCUUGGAGUCUCUCUUUCCUGCAGGUGUCUGCAGAACUUUAUUUCUCCACUCGUGAGAACUUCUGUCUCUCUACUCAUGCGAGGAGAUAGAAAAGUCAUUUUAAAGGUAUGGCUCAUAAGAGGGCCUGAGGGUUCAGAAAGCUGAGGGGGGAGAGGUCAUUUUCACUGGCAGCUCCAUUCCCUCCCUCUUCCACAAAGGGUUAAAACGCGGCAAGGCUGCAUUACUCAAGGACAGAGAUCAAUGCGUGACAGGUCCCAGCCACUGUCUGCCAGUCAGUUACCCAAACUGAGAGUGAAGUUGCAGAAGCCCAUUGCGGGAGGGAAGUGUGUUCGGCUGAGGCAGUGCUCUGGGUCUUGCCCCCUCAAGCUGUGAGCCAGGGUGGGGCGCCCUGGGCCUUCUCACCCCAGGAUCGCUCGCCUUUACCUGUGCAUACAUUUCUGAGUAUAAAACACACACCAGGCCCCAGGUUCCUUGAGGUCUGGGAGUCAUGGCAGCAGGCACAGCAAGAGAUGUUUUGGAGUUGGCAUAAAAGAAAUCUGUCUCCUUCCUCUGCAAUGUCACAGGCUUUUUGGAGGAGAGGCUAACAAGUUGUAAUCUAAUCUAAUGCGCUGUUUUCAUAUAGGAAGGAAGGUCAAGUCAUUGCUUGCAAAGGGAUCAUCUUGUAUUAUUUUUGCUAAUACCCAGAAGCUGAAAAGCAACUAUAUGAAUCCUGUGAAUUAAUUUAUAAGUAGAGAUGUUAAACAGUUUUGGAAAUAGGUGUGUCUUUUUAAUCAAAGACUUAUUUAGCACACAGGUUAAAACUGUUAUUUGAUAAAGUGUUGUUUUAUGGCAAGUAUUUAACACACUCACAAUGUUUAAGGUCAGCCAUGAAUUGUCAUUUUUACAUGACACAGUAUUUUUUCCCACCUAGUUCAGCUUCUGCAAUAGCUUCUCUGAAUUGUGUGAUUUCGCUCAGUGACCUGUGGAGAACAAAAAUGAUCAUUUUUGUCCCAAUGGA